UUGUGUCCUGUAUACAUUAGCACAAAUCAUGUAGCGAACUAUGAGAGAGCAAUAAUACCGCAAUGGACACUUUCCCACGACUUACAAGAGUACAGACAAAUUGCAAGGGUUUUCUUUGAUGAGGAAGACGUACUUGUGAUGGUGAAUUUAUUGAUGCAGAUAGGCGGCUUUUGUGUUUUUUUUUUUUUUUUUUUUUUUUUUGCAGCCCGUUUAUACUAGGAAAGAAAGACAGUUUUAGGGAUUCAUAAGCAAUAUUAGCACUGGAACUUUUCCAAUAAGAAACAGAGGCACGGGAGUCAAAAUCUAUGGUCGUUUAAGGAUCCCAUUCAACUGGAUUCAAGGAUGAAGGCAGGGAAUUUUGUGGUUGUUUUCUGCUUGAUUCUUGUUGGUCAUGGAAAGGAAGGGCUGUUUUCUGUCGUACGGAACGGAGAUUUUAUGAUUCAGGGCCUUUUUCCUCUAACUUACAGAGAUGGCGACAAGUGUGAACGUAUUUACGCGGAUGGUUUAACAUGGUCUUUAGCGCUAGAGUUUGCCGUGAAGACAGUCAACAAGGCAUUCUUUUUGCACAACUCCACACUCGGCUACAAGAUUGAUAAUACCUGCUUUAAUAUUCCAACAGCGAUGAGCAAUGCGAUCGAAAUAGUUGCUAAACACCGACCGAAUUCCGUUUGCUACCCUCAUGACAAAUACUGCAAGGGGAAAAAAGGGGAGAUUAAAACAAAACCGAUUUCUGCGGUUAUUGGUCCAGCGAUUUCUUGGAUCUCAAUACCAAUCGCUAGUCUUCUUGGCCUGUAUUCAAUUUCGCAGAUAAGCUAUGCAUCAACAAGUAGAAUUCUAAGCGACAAGACAAGAUACAGAUCUUUUCUGCGAACCGUGCCAUCCGAUGAAUAUCAAGCCUGGGCUAUGGCGGAAUUCGUGCAGUAUUUCGAGUGGAAUUACGUCUUUUUAAUUGCAAGUGAUGAUGAUUACGGCAAGAUGGGAGCCUCGGCCUUUAAGUCCGCCGCACGGAGGUUUAAUGUCUGCAUCGCUAAUGACGAAUACAUCGCUUUUACUUCAGAUAGGGUAAAGGAUUAUGUCAGGGACACACUUGGAAAAUUAAAAAGCGUGGAGCGAGCCAAAGUGAUAAUAGUUUUUAGCUACUUGUGGCAGGGUGAAAUUUUACUAACUGAGGCCGAGAGAAUGAACAUUACCGAUAGGACUUGGAUCACUAGUGACGGAUGGAAUACGGGCGCAAAGUUAAUCAAUGUUAGCAAAACAAUGUUAGAAGGCAUUUUUACAUUUGCAAUUCUUUCAAAACCCGUACCAGACUUCCAAAAGUAUGUUCGAAAUUUGAGUAUCAGAGACGCUGAAGAGAAUCCUUGGCUUUUGCGCUACAUGGAGGACAUACUUAAAUGCCGUAGACCGGGUAAUUAUACAGUUCCUUCUAAAAUGCCGGGUAGCUACCGGACUUGUGGAACGCACGAGAAACUUCCACCGGAAACCGAAGUCAUCUCCGAAUUAGUACCAAAUGUCAUCGACGCGGUGAAAGCGACUGCGAACGCAUUACGAGCUAUUAUCGAGUGCCAAAACGGCAAGGUAAAUUGUCCGAAAAUCAACGAGCCGAUUUCCCCGGAUGUCUUUCUUUCGUACGUGGCAAACACAAGCUUUGUGGGCACCGACGAUGUCGUCGUUAAAUUCGACGGAAAUGGUGAUCUCACUUCAAGCGGGUACAUAGUACGUAACCUCCAGGUGUUAGCGAACAAGAAACUCGAGUACGUCGACGUUGGGAACUGGUCAUUGGUGAACGAAACCCCGAAGUUUAAUUUGAACAAAAGUUUGAUAAAAUGGAACAGGGGGGCGAGGCCCUUGUCCACGUGUUUCCGCGUGUGCUUACCUGGCGAGAAAAUCGUUGGCCAAUCAGAAUGCUGCUGGAAUUGCCAAAGGUGUGAAAAGGGGACAGUGAGUUCAGAGGCAGGGUCGUACGCAUGCGUGGUGUGCAACGAGACUCAUUAUGAUAACGCGGCUCGUACCAAAUGUAUCGUGAGGGAGAUCGUGUACAUGAGUUUCGGUAGCGCUGCAGGGGUUCUCAUCUUUACUUUCGCACUACUUGGGAUCCUGAUUACUUCCUGUGCGGCGGUCGUCUUCUGGAGGCUCAGACAGACUCCGAUCGUAUCCACUUCCGGUCGAUGGAUGCUCUCGGCGUUCUUUGUCACAUUGCAGCUGACGUUUCUUUUUGGGAUCAUCUUCGUGUUCGCUAAACCGACCACAGCCUCCUGCAUCAUUAUAGAAUCCAUCCACGAAUUAUUAACGAUGCUGUAUUCGGGCUUCCUGUUUGCCAAGACGCGCGCCGCAAACAAUAUUCUACGGCGCGCGGUGUCUCCCCUUAAAGACAUGCCCAGUGAUCUGACGGGACUGAUUAUCCUUGGUGUGUCGAUCGCUAUUGAGCUCGUGUUGAUUGUGAUCAGGCAAAGCAUGGCGCCAUCCCGCUCUCAUUUCUGGAACCAGGAAGAUAACUCGCGUCUUCUAGAGUGUCAGCAGCACUUUACCGUGGCACGAAUCAUGGCCGUCGCUGUCCCGAUGACAAUUCUCGUGACGACGACCUUCCUCGCCUUUAGGGAGCGAAACAACACCGAUGCUUUCAACGAGCCUAAGUUUUUGAGCUUCUCGACAAUCGCGCUUUGUAUUCUCCUUAGCGCGUUUAUCCCUACUUAUCGAUACGUCGUCGGGAUUAGUCGAAUACUCGUAGUGGUUUUUACGGCGUUUGCCACUGCGUUUUCGUGUAUGGGAUGUUUGUUCAUCCCGAAACUUUACGUCAUCUUCGUGCGGCCCGAGCAGAACACGGAAACCGAUCGAAGACAUCAAGAGAACGAAGCAGAUGGCUACGACGCGCCGUCGCCCCAUCUUCGACUACCAUUCCGAGAGAAAACGAAACAAAGAAAGGCUGACUUCUCUGACAUUGAAAAGGACAACAACGUCAAUCAUUGCGAUAACAAGGGAUUGGAUGACACAGACCACGUGACCGAGGAUCACGUGAAUGGUCGAAAACGAUCUACAGGCCGCAAAGUUUCGAAUAUUCGCAUGAACUUUGAACUCUCCACAGUAAUCGAAUCCACAGAAGAGGAGCCGAAUGGCCUCGGAAAAAAAUCGGGUGCAUUUGAUAAACGAGCUGCAUCCGAGCCGCGCUUGAGCUCUCCUGACACAGAAGAGGAGGCUUGCAGCAAUGCGGGCUACCUUGGUGAUGACACAGAGAGUGGGGACUGGGUGCGAAAUCACCUAAGCUUUGGUGCGGAUCACACACCACGUGCGUUCACUGUGAUAUAACGUACGCGGCGCGGGAGGGGGUCUCGAAGGCAAGGAAGGUUCUAGAAUCAAGCCUUCAUGCCUCGGUAACGAGGUGUCGAGCUAAAGCGAACCUGUAUUGUUUGUGCUACCUAUGUAAAAAGGAAAUAGACUCGAACAUUCGCGAAAAAUGAACAAGAUUAUGUAAUAUAGUAAGGGGAAAUGUAUGUUAUUACUAUAUGACAAACUCGCGAUCAUCGUAUAACAGACAUAUCGGACACACUAGUCCCACCACAUAACAGACAUUUAGUGAAACCUCCAUAUAUCGGACAGCCUCGGGACCACUACCUAACAAACAUACAGUAGUACCUCCAUAUAUCGUACCCCCUCGGAACCACCACAUAACAGACAUUUAUUGAAACCUCCAAAUAUCGGACAGCCUCGGGACCACUACCUAACAAACAUACAGUAGUACCUCCAUAUAUCGUACCCCCUCGGAACCACCACAUAACAGACAUUUAGUGAAACCUCCAUAUAUCGGACAGCCUCGGGACCACUACCUAACAAACAUACAGUAGUACCUCCAUAUAUCGUACCCCCUCGGAACCACCACAUAACAGACAUUUAUUGAAACCUCCAAAUAUCGGACACCCUCGGAACCACCACAUAACAGACAUUUAAAGAAACCUUCAUAUAACGGACACCCUCGGGACCACCACAUAACAGACAUUUAUUGAAACCUCCAUAUAACAGACACCCCCGGUAAUUUGUUCGAUAUAUUGAGGUCUCCGCUUAUAAGCUCCGCUAAAUGGAAGUUUCACCGCAAAUUGAGUCAAGUAUUGAAUAUGUACAGACCCUUUUGAAACGCGUUUAAGUGAUAUAAAAUCUUGCCUCUUAAAAGCUCCUCCGAAGCCUCGAAGAAAAGCGUCUGUUUAUAAAGUGCGGUGAAACCUAAAUACAACGGACGCUCUAGGGAAUUUGUAAUUUCUCCUUGGUAUGGAGGUCCAACUACAGAUCCUUCGAAUAUUGAAUAUAUAGACACGUCUAAUUCUCAAUUAGGAUUUUGGAAACGCAAUAAAUAAGGCUUCGAAUAUUUAUUGGUAUUUCAAAGUGUACUAACCACAUUAUUAACUCAUUAUUGCGCACAACUUGAUUAAUCUCACCGCAGAUUAAACCGUUUACGAAAACA